AUGGCAUAUCAAAAUGAAAAUGAAGUCGAUAUGGAUUUGGUUGGAAAUGAUAGUGAUAUUGAAAUGGUUGAUGCAACAGUGAUUGAAGAAGAGACAUUAGAAGAUAUUCAAAUGUCGCCAAAUGAUCAACCGCACAUUGAACAAUCGGAAAAUGUAUUAAAUGAUGGAGAUUGCGAAUUGAUGUCGAAUCAAGGAGGAAGAGCUGAAAUUUUGACGGAGGUUCGGUUUAUGAUUCGAUAA